AUGCGACUUUCCCUACUAUUAUUCUUUCUUGUCGCAAUUGCGACAGUCGACGCAAAGAAGAAGAAACCACGUGGCUCUUCGCGAAUCAGUCGCCAUCAUGACGACGACGACAAUAGUCAUGAAGAGAAUCACGGUGAGAGUAGUAGUGAUGGAUUGUUCGGAUGGGGUCGGAUUCUUCGAAAAACAUCGCAUUAUUUCACUCCGCUCGUCGACAAGGCUUUGGGUGUGUAUGGCCAAAUACAAGGUAUCGCUCCACCGAAGAAGCAUCGAGAUAGUGAGGAAGAAUCAGACGAGGAGAGUUCGGAAGAGGUGAAGAGACGCAGAAAAUCGAAGAAGAAGAAGAGAGGAAAGAGAAGAAGGAAGGAAGAGUCGGAGAGUGAAGAGAGUGAGGAGAGGGCAGAGAAUGAGAGAAAGGUGGAGAGCGAGGGAAGUGUAGAGAGUGCAGAGAGCGCAGAGAAGACAGAGAGCAAGAAACCUGAAGAGGGAGCAGAGAAAACAGAGGAAUAA